GGAACCAGUAGAAAAGCAUUCGAAGUUAGAGAAACACGAACGGCGAUAUGAUUCUCUGGUGAAGUGGUCCAUAACCUUAAACUUUUCCUCGAAAUUGUGAAUGAUAUUUUUUAAGGGAACUGAACACGGGUGUAGCAUUAUAUUUUUGUACGCUUUGUAACCGUUUUCGAGCGAAUUUCUUAGUAGACGGUCCGUUGCUUAGUACUUAACGUUGAAACUCGUCGAGCAAAUUAAUCGGCGAUAUACAAAGGUUAUGAACGUACCCACUGUGUGUAGCAGCAACGUACACAACUUAUCUUGUGUUCUAUUAUGAAGCGGCGUCAAAGAAGACCUGUUUUGGAACUGAAUCAAUCGCAGGCUGGCUCGCACGGCGAUCAUGUACAAAAUAAACGAAAACAGGCUCCACUCGAUUACCAUGGGCCGAAUGUACCCGGAAAUCCACUGGCAAAUUUACUUUGCCAUUACAACUCUGACAGCGAUACUGAGGAUACCAAGAAGGACGUUUGCAAGUUAGAUGACCAGGUCAAUAACUUCCUUAAAGAAAUACAGCUAAUCGCACCCAAACAGCCGAUAGCAAAUGAGUUUGGUAACGCUGUCAUAAACUCUAAUGCCCAGUUGCCACACCAUAUCAGCCAGCAAGCGUCGAUGUGGAGAGAGUGCAUAGACGAAUCUUCUGGCUACCCAUACUACUGGCACAUAGAGACCAACGAGGUAACAUGGGAAAUGCCAGAGGAAUUGCGGUACAUGAAGAACAACAUUAAAGCAAGCCCAGCCAUGAAACCUCAUUCCAUGCAAGACUCUCAUUGGGUCGAUUUCUCCGCCGUCGCAUACCAAUCGCACGAAAACAUACCGGAAGGUAUGAUACCAAGAGAAGUGGUGGCUCGAAAUCGUAAUAGGUACAUUCACAACGAGACCGCCAAGAAACAGGAGCCGCCGGCCGAUCAGGACGUCGCGAACACGUCUGACACGAUGGACAACGAGUCCGACGACGGAAAAAUCGAGAUGAUAACGUCUUACGGAUCCGAAGAGAGUGACUCGGACACCGCGGACGAAGGCCAAUCGAAGGACGAGCCUGUAACAGGGUCUACGGCUGAACCGCUCAACCCAAAUUUGACGGCAACAUCGAAAGCCGAAGCAUUCAUCUCGACCGCGACUGUGAAACACCCCCAAUUGCUGAAGGCGUCACAGGCGUUGGACCAGGACUCUCGAGACUCCUCGGAUAAUCCGAAGACAGAUGGUUCGGAUGCAAAGUCUGUUGAAGAGAAGGACGCGAAAUACUUGAAGAAUCAAGUGAAAGAGUCCGAGGAAUGCGUCGAGAGGCUUAGCGACGGCCGACCUGCUAAGGACCUUAAGGCUGGGGUGACGGAUGGUGUUAACAAAAGCAACCCUGGCGCCGAUUUCGACUUCCGCGUGUCCCUGGUACCCGGUUACGACGAGGAUUCCGACCCUGAGGAGGAGCCCGAGGUCAGGCAGGAGAGGAAGGCUCUGUUCCCAAUCCCCCAAACAGAAGAAUCGACGGACAGCGCCACCUCGAGGUCGCAUCGGAUACCAGAGAGCAACGACACCGACGGCAACGGCGACAGGAGAAACGUUCAGGAGCCAGACAACGAAGUCUCCGAGAAAGGGGACAGCGGCGAGGAGUCGGUUUUAAAGCCGGAGGACGACGGACAGAAAGCGAACAAGUUCUUGGACAACCUGCACGGCAGGAGCAAGUUCUUCCAAAGGAAGAAGCGGAUCGCGUUCGAUGUCCCAUCCACGAAGAAGAAGCCGGCGGACAAGGACGAGGCGAAAUCGGAGCCCGAGAUACAACAGGAGGAGACAAGCACGUCCGACAGUGCAGAAAGGACCGAUGAAACCCGAAGCGAGCAUCAGGAGGAUGCGGUUAAUGUAACGCCUGAAGAUAAGACAGAGGAUGCUGUGGAUCCCGCGGCGGAGUCCGGUAAAGUCGAAGAAGAGACCGUAGCGCCGAUCGAGACAACUGCCGACGCAAAGGAGGACGAGGGAGAAGUGGCGCUGCUGUCGCAGAUCAUUCUUGAGAAACUGAAGUUUCUGUCCGAGGGGAAGCCCACUGUGUCCCCGGUACAGAUGAUGUCUAUCCAGCUUCAGACAUUGUUUGUGGCGUGGGAAGGAGGUUACUUAGAAAAGAGUUACUUGCGUAGGUGGUUGACUGAGACCAGUCACGAACUGGAACGCUUGGAACAAGACGCGGCACCACCGGGAUGGCUUUGUCAGUGGGAUAGGUCGCAUAAACGAUAUUAUUACCAGAACACUGCCACCGGAGUGACCCAAUGGAUCUAUCCGGACACUGGUAUCGCCGGUGGCGCGGAGGAAAUGGAGAUUUGCUCGACGCCUCCACCGAUGGAACAGGACGAGAUGAUUGCCACAGCAGCGGAAGAGGAAGGACUGAAGCCAAAACCAAAGAAGCAACCGGAAGACAACGACGCGGCCGACGACGCAGGGCCAAGGAAUUCUGACGUGGAAGCUCCGCCGCCGCCGCAGAUCUCCAACCCGAGCCCGCCUCCGCCGCCGAGAAUAUAUGGGAACGACAUGAAAAAGGACAAAAGGAAACGGGACAAGGGCAGCGACACCUUGGACAGUAAAAAGCAACGAAAAGAGGGUGCAACGAUCGCGGAUGUGAACCACCUGGAGACCGCAGUGAUACCUUCGCAUUCGGCAACCGCGCUCUCGCCACAAGCCACCGCCCUUACGAAUAUAGGGAACGUGACCAACGUAGAGCCCCUGCCACCUGGCGUCGACUUGACGGAAGCGCCUUACGAAUUGCCAGCCCUGAAGAGGAUCAUAUACGGUGCUGUACAGACUCAGGGUAGUGCGUUGUACGAUGCUGCUGCCAGGGACCCAACGGUUCCCAUCUUGGGUCACCCGGCAGCCAUAGUGCAGGAGCACUACCUUCAGUAUCCAGCUUACCAGCACUUGCAUUCUCCUGCAGCCUUAGUACUUCCCCACAAGCACGGCGUGCAGCCGACGAUCCAGAUCAUACCGGACUACACGCCGAUCUACACGAACCACAAGGUGAUCGAGAAACCACCCAUCAAGACGGCCAAAGAAUCCCUGGUGUCCGCGCUGGACUCGUUCUACAGCGACAUCGCCCGUAUCGAGAGCAGCCGACCGGAGAAAGCGCCCCAGAGACAAGACACCGUGACGACAGAGUCGUCUUUGCCAGUCGAGGAAGCUAAGGUGGACAUGGACCUGGAGACUCUGCACUCUGAAGCUACCAUGAAGGAGAAGAAGAAAAAGAAGGCGAGGAUCGGGAUUAGCAAGAAACAUAAGGAGGUCUCCAGCAUGGUAGCCAAGUGGCAGAAGGUGCAACAGAACUUUGAGAACACUUAGGGUACACUUAGGCGACAGUGAACGAACUGGUUUCAAGGCUUGCUCAAGAUCUCCUCGAGCGAUUGUAUCCAAUGAGUCGUCGGAUACGAGAACCACGAGAUUCUUAAGGUCGUUUAAGAAUUGUAUUUUCUAGGUGUAACGUUGUUAAGUUGAUAGCGCACUGUACCACCGCCUGUAUAGUGUUCCCGUACCUGCAGUUAACGUUGUUAUGACUUCUCACGAAUCGGUUUGCUGUUUGAGAUCGGCUGAAUAGGAACAAUGGAAGAGAGGGACUUCGGCAUUGUUCGCGCUCACGAGACGCUGAUCACUGGCAUUUACUUAUUGUCGCGUACACUUUCCGCGCGGUUCGAAAGUUUAUUUAGAACGAUACGCAACUGUUCCCGUUUCAAUCAUGAUAUCGCGUUCGUCGUUGUAAAUACCGCGGCUUUGGUUUUCUGAUCGUGGGACCGCUACUUAAACGUUAGAUGAAUCAACCGGUAGAAUCGUCACGGUUGUUAUAAACUGAGAUUCAUUUAAUAAUCCAUUAAUAAUGUUAUCCGAACUGCGAGAACGAGAGAUGGUCGUGCUUAAAUGCUUCCAGAGCUAGAAUAUUUUUUAAACUAACCGUAGGAAGGUCAGUAUCAUUGAGGGAAUUCGUUUGUAAGAUUGUACGCUUUACAGAAUUGUUUUCUUUUUGUAAUUAUAUGUAAAUACAUGAUCAACGAAAUACAUAUAUAUUAUAUAUAUA